GAUUACGUGCUAAUUGGUUGGCUUACUCAAUUUACGGCUUCUGAUUGGCUACAACUGACUGAGGAUCUCUCUCACUAAAGUGGCCAUGUAAUAAUAGUAGUCGGUUGUUUGUGAUUUUGACAACAGUGACAUUAUCCGCGUCAAACAACGAGUAAAUAAAUGUUUGUUAAAAAAUCAGCGAUAAUAUUGCAAAAUGGGUGAAUCAGACGGACCGAUUUUGUAUGUAUUAGUUAUAGGUUUCCACCACAAAAAGGGCUGCCAGGUCGAAUUUUCUUUUCCACCUCUAGUUCCCGGCGCCCCAAAUGAGUGUCCGGCCGGCUGGAAGUACCUCCCCACUUUGGCUUUGCCUGAUGGGUCUCACAACUACGAUGAGGACACAGUGUUCUUUCAUUUGCCCAGCUUAACAAACCCUAAACAAACCGUCUAUGGUAUAUCUUGUUUUAGGCAAAUUCCUGUUGAGAAACUGAAGAACAAAACAGCCGACAUAACAAGAGGCACUGUACAAAAAUCAGUUUGUGUCCUCAGUAAAAUACCCCUGUAUGGACAAAUACAAGUUAAAAUGUCCCUGAUAACUCAUGCUUAUUUUGAGGAGGGUGACUUUAGUAAAGUGUCCAUUUUGGAAGACACUUAUCACCAUUUAAACUCUGUGCUACUACAAAACGACCUGUUCAAUCAGACUUUUGUCGGUUUGUCGGCCAGAGAUUUCGUGCUACAGUGGCGGCACAAGGCCCUGUUGUUAUUUAAGUUGUUACUGUUGGAACGGAGGGUCAUAGUCUUUAAGUCCCCAGUUCACCCCUUGUGUACAACAAUUUUAACACUAGUGUCAUUGUUUCCUGAGAUGAUCGAAAAGGGGCUGACACAAUCUGCUUCCACAAGGUUAUCAAGACCCAUGUCUCCAAUGCCUCAAUUCUCCGAUGACGACAAGAGCCCCAACGAAAGCCCGGUCAAAAUCCAAAACCUAGACAUCCCCAUACUGACCGACAACCACAACGCAAGCGACAACGACACAACCAACAAAAACAAACCCCUAGAAAACGGUGAACAGGAAACCAACACCGAAGUGGGCCUGGAACUGACCGAAAGCCUGGCCAUACAAAAGGACGAGGAGAAGAGCAACAGCUUGAAGCGGGAGCUUAGCGCGGACGCCCUGAGCGACGCCGUUCAGAACAACAUCAACUAUUUGGCCCACCUGAACACUGAAUCCUGCGGCUUCCCCAUGCAGGUGUUCACCAAGGGUUGCCUGUGCCUGCCCUACUUGUCAUUGCCGUACCUGGAUCUACUGACGGACGUUAACGUGCGUGGUUACAUCGUGGGGGCCACCAACGUGCUUUUCAAGCAGAAGAGACAGUUGUAUGAUGUUCUGAUCGAUGUGGACAACGGGAGGAUCGAGUGUCAGGACCUUAACUUGAGGAAACACCUGCAUUUAACGACGGAGGACCUGCGGUUCGCCGAGUAUUUGGUUAAGCAUGUGUCGGAGGAGAGACACGACGUGUUUUUGGACGGGGUCGGCUGGGAGGGCGGAGACGAGUGGAUCAGGACUCAGUUUAGGGUUUAUCUGUUGUGCUUGCUUCGUACGUCCUUGAUUCCAGAUGGAAGUAGAGAGAUCGAACAUUUCAAUUCCAACUUUGUCACAGCUUGGAGGGAGACGCACAACUACAAAAUCUGGUUGAGUGGCGUCAAUCCUGGUAUUUGGGAUGUGAGUGCUCGACAUCCUUUUGCUGGACAGUUAUCUGUUGCUGAUAUGAAACUUCGGCUUGCCCACACAAUGCAAAACACUGAGAGUGGAAGAAAAAUCAAUCAAGCUAUGGUUUCAACAGGAAGAGCAGUCGCCACAACAAGUAAAGCAGUUGGAGGAGCCAUUUCGCAGGCGAAAGGCGCUUUCUCGAGCUGGUGGAGCAACUUACUGGUGAGUCCGGACCCCAUCUCAAAAAUAGAUGGUGAAGAGGAAAUUCCUUGUGGCAAAGAAGCCGAGGACAACACAAUCGACAACGUUCAGAGCAAGUGUGAGUCGCCCAACCUUCUGGAGAACAACUGCAAAAACACGAACCAGUUCUCACAAAAUCACCUAGAAGGUGAAGUCCACACUGUGUAAAACAGACUCUGUUUACCUUUAGUUUGAUAUGAAUGACUGAUUGAUUGUUAAUUUAUGUGAUUUAGGUUUAUUUAUUUGUCAGUAUUGAAGUGCAAUAACGAUUGCGACUAACAGGGUGAAUUCAUUCAAGUCGGAAUUUCCAGUAGAAAUCAAAAUGUAUUCGGACAUUUACUCAACUAUUUAAUGUGUACUGUUAUAUUAUUAUUACUAUUAUUAGUUGUCUAUUGCAUUAUUCACACUGAUAUAACUUUAUAACACGAGGGAUGAUUUCUUGCCUAUUUUUUACUCCCUUAUUUCAGACGUACUAUUUUAAUCUAGAUGCAUGAUGAUCACAAAGAUAAUAAAACUAUAACUAAAGAAGCUGUGUUACAUUUAGGUAUAUUUUAAAAUGGAGUGUACAAAAAUACAGUUGCCUUAAUGUGUAACCCAGCUUAAUAUCAUACUUGUUUAUUUCACUGGGGCUUUUAUAAUUUGUAAAAAAUUGUAGAUUGUCAAUAGUUACUGCCACUUUGGUCAAUUAUAUAAAAGCGUGCCAAAAGUUUGAUUUGCCCCAGAGUUUUCAUUCACUUACAUAUACAGGGUGCCUCUUUGAAGUAAAGUAUUUUGUUAAGAGCAUUGCUGUAUAUACAGUUUUAAUUAAUAAGAUUAAUUAGUACUUAUUUCAUUCAUAAUAUUCUAUAUCAGUAAUUAUGCAAUAUAUCAAAUUUAGAUUUAACUGUUUAUAUUUGUUAAGUAUUGUGUACUUAAUUGUUUAUUGUUAUAUUUUUUAUUAGAUUAUUUCCAAUUUUUUAUAUUUCAUAUUUUUAUAUGUUCUGUACGUAAAAUAUAUGAACAAAAGUUCAUUUUACUUUAUUGCUGUCUUGUUAAUUUUAUUGUAAUAAAAUUCUUUUAAACGUU